CUCUCGCUCUAUUUUAUUCUUCCCAUUUCAAAAUUUAAUCAUUAUUAUAAUAGUUUUUCUUAGGGUUAGGGUUUUCUUUGGGGGCGACUCUCGAUUCUCCAUUAAAAUUUAGGGCAAAACCACUGGUGAUCUGAGGGCGUUGUUCGUGAUCAUCGGGAUCGCUUUGAUUCGCUUGCGGCUCGAUUCUCCGGCAUCUUUGGCCGAUUAAUUUUGGGACAAGCUUGUCCGGGUUCAGAUUGACACAUUACUUGGCAUCAUAUCUCAAGUAAAGAGAGCUAUAUGGAGGGAGAACUGGCUCCGGAGUUUAUCUAUGAUCAGGGCGUAUACUAUCCUGCAGCUGGAAACUAUUAUGAAUAUGUCUGCACAGGAGUGGAACCACCUACUGAAUGGGAUGGCAACCAUAAGUUUUUGACCGUAGAUGUUCAAGAUCAGCAGUUUCCCGGUUUGCAAAGCGAAAAUUUAUCAUAUGUAUACUAUACGCCUAGCUAUGACUAUGCACAGUCUCCUUACAACCCUUUCAAUCCUUACAUUCCUGGCGCUGUCAUAGGAACUGAUGGUCCAUACAUAGGAUCGCAGCAGUGCUUUACCAACUCUCCAUACCCCCAAACUGUUGUUUCACCUGGUUAUAUGCCGGUUAUUAGUCAAUCUAGUUCAGAUACUCAUACUCUCCUGAAUGGUUCUCCUGAUCCAUUGCUUUUCAGCAAUGGUGCUGUACAAUAUGCACCUUCAUUAUCAUCCAUGAGCGUGACGACCACACCUUUGAAAGUUUCUUUCGAAAAUUUAUCGUUGGAGCCUUCCCAUUCUUCCCAUCAGAUUCAGGUAUCUGGGAGAUCGUCUGAAGGGACAGGAGUAAAUGCAGGAGCAAGAAAGAAGUUCUCACCAUAUGGAGUUAUGACAAAUGGUGGUUCUCAUCAAGUAAUUCAGGGAACAGAGCACGUAUCAUUUCCGGGAGUCCCUUCUGUUCGCAGUCCAUUGAAGGCCACAUUUCCCGCCAACAAUGGCUUUACAAGUUCUGGAUCUGAUGUCCGUGGAUGGGCUCCAGUUGAUAGGAUGAGGCCAAGAAUCCAAUAUAGUGGGGUUCCUAACAGAAGCCUGGGUGAGCAAAAUAUGGGUCCUAGAACCAACAAGACGAGAACUCAAUUGACAUUACCAGUAACUCUCAAAGACUACACAACCGAAGCUGGUACUGGUAAUUUGGAUGGACACACAAUUAUUCAUCCUGAUCAAUAUAACAGGGAUGACUUUCCUGUUGAUUAUCCGCGGGAUACCAAGUUCUUUGUCAUCAAAUCCUACAGUGAGGAUGAUGUGCAUAAGAGCAUCAAAUAUAAUGUGUGGUCAAGCACUUCCAGUGGUAACAAAAAACUGGACGCCGCCUAUGAAGAGGCCCAGAGGUCAUCCGUUGGGAAAUCAAGAAAAUGUCCAGUUUUUCUUUUCUUUUCUGUUAAUGCUAGUGGUCAUUUCUGUGGUGUUGCUGAGAUGGUUGGUCCUGUUGACUUCCACAAGGACAUGGACUUUUGGCUGCAAGAUAAAUGGACUGGGUGCUUUCCUGUCAAGUGGCACAUAAUAAAGGACGUUCCCAACUCAAGCUUUCGGCACAUCAUAUUGGAGAACAAUGAGUUCAGACCUGUGACUAGUAGCAGAGACACCCAAGAGGUCCAAUAUGAUCCAGGGAUGAGUAUGCUGUAUACUUUUAAGAGAUUUCCUCUGAAUACAUGGAUUCUCGAUGAUUUUAUGUACUAUGAAGAGCGGCAGCGGAUUAUGCAGGAAGAAAAAUCCUUGCUUCUUGGAAGUAAAACCUAUGUAAACUCAGUUUCCCCUCCGAUCUUCAUUCCCUCUAUCAAGCCUGGUGAAGCAAUUACUCGUUCUGUUGAGGUCCACCCUCCUAAUGCUGGCGAGGUCCCGCUUCCUAUUGCCAGCGUAAAUGAAACAAAGGCUAAAUCUGCUCAGCCUCUGGAACCAAAUAUAAGGAAAAUGGUUCCUCGUACAGCUGAUGAAGAUGAUAAGCAGAAGAAUGCUGAACUCACACAGCUAAAUGGUACGAUGGAACAACCAUCAAAAUCUGAUGAUGCGCAUGUGUCAGCUGGAGGCAAUCCUGCAAUACAACCAGAACCGAAACAAGUUAAAAAUCAUAGCACAAAACAAUCAUCAGAAGCUAAAAGUGAUCAAAGCAAGAAUCACAGUUUGUUGCCCGAGGGCACGGAUAAAUUAAGCCCAAAUGACACGCAUGCUGUUUCGAGGGAUUCUGCAAAGCAUGCACAAGGUAAAAGAAAAGGCAGGCCCGAGUCUGUAGGAUGCUCCGAUACUCAGGUUCCUGCCAAAGAGACUGAUGUUUUUACUGUGGGUUCCGUAGAGAUCGAAAUUACCGAUACUAGCAGAUUGAUUUCUGGUACUCUAACUAUUGGUUCAAUUCCUUGUGAUACAAAGGGACCAAAAUCUUAGACGGAGUCGCGAAAUCAUUUCGUAUUUUGUUUGCCCAAGAAUGAUUUUGCCAAGCUCGGUUGCUGGUCCUUUUGCUUCUUUUUUUUUCUUCCUUGCUAGGGGAAAAAGGGUACAGACAACAUAGAUUUUGUGAUGAAGCGCUUUGGGGGAAAGCAGUUUGCCUUUUUUUAUUUUGUUUUUUUUUUAAAUUUUAAUUACAGGUUGCAGUAAUUUACUUUAAUGAAAGUAAAAGUAUUCAAGUAGAUGCAUGUUUUGCCCUUGUUAUUUUUCGAAAUGUUGAUGAGUCGCCCUGUGGCUUCAUUCUCUAAUUUUUCAUCAAUGCAAAAUUGCAAUUGAUGUUGUUGAUUGCAA